CAGCGUAAAGCUGGUCAGUUAGGCCAGUCAGUUGAUGCCGAGUGACCUUCACAUAAUGACAACAAACGAGUCGGUGCAGUUUGACCGUAGUGAAGAGAAAAUGUAACAGUUGCGGGUUUUAAGGAUUCCAGUUUUAUGUUGUGCAAUAUGUAUUUUUUUUGUUUAAGUAUGAAAAGAGAAAGUGUUGUAUCGCCAGAGUAAUGUGCAAUGAUGUAAUUGAUUUUUAAUCAAGGCAGUGCAGUUUACUGAAGAUAAUAAACAUUGGAUCAACACCUAAUAAAGGUUUCAUCAUGAAAUAUAAAAGGACAUUUGAGGAAGCCGGACUAAAUCAAUGUGCCUAUAUGGACAUUGACGCAAUAUACUUUCAACUCUUGCUUCUGCUGAAACAAGGUAUAACGAAAGGGAUGAUGCCGAAUUUCUACGACAGUUCGCGCCCCACCAUGGUACCCCCAAAUUCUGCAAUUAUGGGAACCUCUACAAAUGGUGGGGAGCAAAUUCCAAAAAAGCAUCAAAUUCAAAUCCCUUUCGACUUGGAAGCAACGCUGCAAGCCGUUGAUAACGAGGUACUGGAAGGAGAAGAGGGAAGCUGUCCCAUUUGCAAUAAAACUUUUAGCCGUAAGACAUCUCUUCUCAAUCACAUACGCAAUCAUACCGCUGAGAAGAAGUAUAUUUGCGAAUAUUGUCAAAAAGGUUUCUCGCAGCAAGCCAAUCUGCGUAACCAUGUCCGUAUUCACACAAAUGAGCGUCCCUAUGUUUGCAUUGACUGCGGUAAAGCAUUUACACAAAUCACAAACUUAAAUAAUCAUAGACGAUUGCACACCGGUGAACGACCUUACGUUUGCAUCGAAGCAAACUGCGGACGCUCAUUCGCUCAAGUGACCAACUUGAACAACCACAUGAAAACGCACCACAAGACCCAACAGUACGUAUGCAACCAGUGUCCGAGACGAUUCUACCAAGCCACUCAGUUGAACCUCCACCUAAUCUCGGAGCACAGCACUGCGAAGACCUUUUUCUGUCCCCAGUGUCCCGAUAAGCGUUUCAAGUCCCAGUCCCUCUUUCAGCACCAUUUGAAAAUACACGGCUCGAACUUUGGCUUUCCGUGUCCGAAGUGCGACGAAAGGUUUAUUCAAGAACCUCAUCUAAUACUGCACAUGACUCACCAGCACGGUGAUUACGCGUGUAGCAUGUGCUCGAUGACAUUCAACGAUGAAGUUUUGCUGAAAAAACAUGUCCAAAGGCAUCUGGAUGGAAGGUACCUUACCUGCCCGGUGCUCGGAUGCAAUGAGGGGUUCACUAUGAAAAACCACCUCACCAAGCACAUGCAGAUGCGUCAUCCGGCAAUUGAUCUCAAAAAGGGACCCAUCACUGCGGGAGCGGUGACACGAUCUCCCAAACAUUGCUGCCAUUAUUUCAACUGUAGCGAGUCGUUCGACACUUCCGAUGAGUUGAGUGAUCAUCUCAGGUCUGCGCACGGCUUACCGAUCCCAUCGCAGGACGAUAAGAAACAACUGCAACAGCAGAUUGUGAACAACGUGGCAGCUGCUGCCGCCGCUGGAGCAGGUUCAGAAGGGCAGAUAUCUUCUCCGCUACAUCCACCGCCUCAUCUGCUGGGAGCGAGCUUUCAGUCCUAUCAACAGCAAAUUAUUGAAGCGCAGCAACAUGCUGCCGCUGUGGAGAAGCAGAAGACUUAUACGGUUUCCGACCUUCUGAGCAUAAGCGAAGAGAUGCAACAACAGCACCAACAGAUUCAACAACACCAACAACAGCAGCGCGGCCACCACAAUGGGAAACGGAUCGAUGUCGAGCAGCACAUUGAAGACCGCGUGAACAAUCUGAAUCGCAUCAAGACCGAGCUACAGAUUCAAAAUCUCUUUGGCCUGACGAACCCGAUGGGCAUCAAUUCGUUCCAUCAGCAUCAUCAUCAUCAGCAGCAGCAACAGAAUCAGCAACACCAGAAUCAGCAUCCGGUGGUGGCCCCAAUAAAGCUGGUUUGCAGCUUUUGCUACAACGUCUACAAGACGCCGCAGACGUUAUCGAGGCACAUUGAAAAGUUUCACAGCUAAUUUGCGUGACAGGUUUCACGCGGUAGGCUUGUGACGUUCUUUUUUUUUUGGCGUUCGGAGUGGAUCGCAACAUUUUUGGGAAAACGUGUUUGUCGCAAUACAAAGAUCGUCGCAAGACAUUUCGUCGAAGGUGACAUGUUUACACGAACAAUGCAAUUAUUGAACUCGGUUGAAUGCUUGAAGGUUUUAAUGUAAGCAGUGAGUGAUGUCAAGCGGCAUAUAAUUGGAACACAGACUUCUACUCUUAAGCUUUUCAACGGUUUUAUAUUACUUUUUAUGCAAUUCAGCAUCAUAAAUGUCCGUUAUGCAACUAAUUUAAGUUGCAUUAUGAACAUUAUGCAACUCAAAUGAGUUGUAUAAUGAAAAAAUAAAAAAAAUCAUUGCAUAAAAUGUUGUAUGGAGCUUGUUGUAAAACUUGAUUUUUUUCAGCGUUUCAUAGUACAUACCAAGGGUAUCAACACUAUCCAUACGGCAACGAAGGGUAGUAGGCUGUGCUUAGAGUGACAGCAGAUGAGAAGAGAAUAAACUUCACUUAUAGAUUGAGUUUAAAUAAGGGCGAAAGUAACAUGAGCGAGUUCUCUUCAUCGACUCUCUCUCUUCUGCAAAUUAAAGUGACAAGAUGCAAGUAUGGUUGCACUUUCUGGUCUUAAAUCGCUAGGUUGCGAUGCAAUCUAGCAUCUAAGUGUAAAAAAGUUUGAUUGAAUUUGCAUCUUGUCACUUUAAUUUGCAGAAGAGAGAGUCGAUGAGUCGAGAGGGGUCUCCAGUUAGCCUAGUGGUUGAGGCUAUGGGUCGCCAAUCCGGAGACGGCGGGUUCGAUUCCCGUUCCGGUCGGGAAAAUUUUCUCGACUCCCUGGGCAUAGUGUAUCAUUGUCCUUGCCUCACAAUAUACAAAUUCAUGCAAUGCCAGGCAAAGGAAGCCCUUCAAUUAAUAACUGUGGAAGUGCUCAAAGAACACUAAGUUGAAGAGAGGCAGGCCAAGUCUCAGUGGAGACGUAGAGCCAAACAAGAAGAAGAGGAUUAUUAUUAUUAUUGUCUUUAUUAAUGAGGUUUUCAACCCUUGGUUGGUUCGCCUCAAAACAGAAGAAGAGGAGUCUAUGGAGAGGAAAAGAUCAUGUUACUUUCGCCCUUAUUUAAACUCAAUCUAGACUUAUAUAUUUAUUUGUACUUAAAAGCUUGUUUAAAAGCGAGAAUGGCAAAUAUUCCAAAACUAAAAAAGUACUUUUUCCCAAAAUCAGAAAAUAGAAAUUUCCGAUUGUAUCAUGACAAUCGGACACGCUGAUUUUGUUCGCUCUUCGUCAUUCUGGAGAAAAGUCUAAAUUGAGUUUCAAUAUGGGCGAAAGUAACAUGAGCGAGUUCUCUACAUCGACUCUCUCUUCUGCAAAUUAAAGUGACAAGAUGCAAGUAUGGUUGCACUUUUUGGUCAUAAAUCGCUAGGCUGCGAUGCAAUCUAGUGUCUAAGUGUAAAAAAGUUCGAUUGAAUUUGCGUCUUAUCACUUCAAUUUGAAGAAGAGAGAGUCGAUGAAGAGAACUUUCUUAUGUUACUUUCGCCCUUAUUUAAACUCAAUCUAGAAGUGCUUUUUCAGUUUUGGAUAAUAUGCGAUUCUGCAAUGUGAAAUCUGCAACAUGCGCAUAUUGCUAGAAAGAAUAUUCGAAGUUUAUUCAGAUUUUCAAGAUAUUUUGCAAAGUUUAUUUCAAGAAUGAGAAUCAGGUUUGAACGUUUGAUUGAACUAUGUAUGUCAUACAAGGAAAAGCUUGAUGUCGAUGGAUGGGAUUUAACGAAAUUUUCAGAUAGAGAGUGAUACAAAUCUAGAAUUCUCAUUCCUCUCUGACUGUACAUGACAGUAAUGCUGAAAUAUAGUGCCAUGAGUUGUCGCUCGUCGGUAUGAAAUUCCUUAUUAUUCAAUGGAUGUACUAUAAUCUAUCGCAGUUCGUAGACUAUUUGGGCACGACUUGAUGCCUGCACUGUGGUACUCCUCCUGGAGGUCCUUCUGGGAUCCCUCCACAGGAAUUCCCUCCGGGAUUCCUCCAAGAAAUCCAUCGUGGUUUCCCCACCAAUUUGUUCCAGGACUUCUCCAGGAGUUCAAUAUGGGAAUCCCAGGGAGUUUUUGAUAAUUCUCUGGGGUUCUUCCAGGAAUUUCUUAUGAGAUUCUGUCUGUGAUUCUUUCAAGAGCUCUUGCCAGGAUUCUUUCAGGAAGAACUUCCGAUAUACUUCCAGAGUUUUUUUUUCUGAGAUUUCUUAAGGAAUACCCUCUGAGAUUACUACAGGAUUUCCUAGAUUCCUUCAUCGUCCAGGAAUUCCAUCCUUGAUUCUCCUAAAAGUUUCUCUCGGUAUGCUUUCAGAAGUUUAUUUUUUUGACUUCCAGAAGGUAUUCCUGGGACUUUCAGCCAGUUUACCCGGGAUUUCUUUCGGGAUUCCUCUAAGAGUUCUCACUUUGAUUGCUUCAGGAAUUCGUUCCGAGAUUCCUUCAGAAACUCCUCCCAAAAUUCUGACAGGGAUUCCUUCCAGGAAUUCUAUGCGAGAUUCCUCCCGGAGUACCUGCUGGGAUUUCUUCAGGAAUUCUUUAGGAGAUCCUUUCAGGAAUUCUACAAGAACUUUUUUUAGUAUUCCUCCAAAACCUUCUUCGAGAUUUUUCCUGGAGCUCCUUUUGGAAUUCUCUCAGGAACAACUUUUGAGAUUGCUUCAAAAAUUCCUUCCGGGAUUCCUACGGUAGUUACACUACACAGAUACAAAUAAUGAUAUUUACACGUCAUGUAAACUUCAGUUUAGUCAUGUAAACUUAGUGUUAUGAUGGUUUACAUGAUAUAUCAUGUAAAUUUGUGUUAUAUGUCAUGUAAACGGCAGCCUGUUUAUUGCACCCAUAAAUAAAUAGAAACGCUCCAUAGAAAAUCAAAAAGCACUCCAUAAAGAAUGAACAUAUGUUCCAUGAAAAUGUGCAAUAUUACCCAUAAAUUAUUAGAAACGUUCCAUACUUUAUAAAAAAUGUACCGGUAAAACAUAAAAUUUUCUCAUUAAAAGUGAAAUUUUGCACCAGUAAAUAAAACUGAAAUGCUCCAUAAUAAAAUACAAAUGCUCCAUAGAAAAAUGCAAAUGUUCCAUAAAUAUUUAAAAUUGUAACCAUAGAAAUUUGAAUAUUGCUCCAUAGAAACAUUAAAUUGCACCAUAAAAAUUGAAAUUGCACCAUAGAAAAUAAAAUAAUUCUCCAUAAGUAUUAUCAAACUGCACCAUAGAAAACAUGAAAUGCUCCAUGAAAAAUUGAAAAUCUUCCAUAGAUAGCAUAUUCUCGUAAUUUAAUUCGACAGAACUGAAUUGCUUUACAUUGCACUGCUCUAGUGGUGCAAAUGUUUAAAGUUAUGGAGAAUUUUCAAUUUUUUAUGGAGCAAAUUGUAUUUUAUGUGGUGCAGUUUGAUAAGACUUAUGGAGCAUUUGUCUAUUUUCUAUGGUGCAAUUUCAAUUUUUUAUGGUGCAAUUUAAUUUUUCUAUGGAGCAAUAUUCAAUUUUCUAUGGGUACAAUUUUAAUUUUUUAUGGAACGUUUGCAUUUUUCUAUGGAGCAUUUGUAUUUUAUUAAGGAGCAUUUCAGUAUUAUUUAUUGGUGCAAAAUUUCACUUUUAAUGAGAAAAUUUUAUGUUUUACCGGUACAUUUUUUAUAAAGUAUGGAACGUUUUCAAUUAUUUACGGGUAACAUUGCACAUUUUCAUGGAACAUAUGUUCAUUCUUUAUGGAGCGUUUUUUGAUUUUCUAUGGAGCAUUUGCAAUUUGUUAUUGUUACAAUAAGCUUUUGCCCAUGUAAACACACAGAGUCAUGCUGAAUUACAUGACAUAUAAUGGAAGUUUACAUGAUAUUUUAUGACUUUUAUAUGACAUGUCAUGUAAAUUUCUGUGAUAUCCCACGCUCCAAACAUGUGCAUCAUAUGUCACAGAACUUUACGCUCUUUUUUCGAUCUGUGUAGGAACUUCUUCCGGAAUUCUUCCAAAAACCUCUUCCGGAAUUCAUUCGGGAGCUUCUUCAGGGACCAUUCUUUCGGAUUUUUUUCUUAACUUCUUUCAGGAAUUGCUUCUGGAAUAUCUUUAGGAACCUCCAUCGUGGAUUUCUUCGGAAACUUCUUCCGGAGUUCCUUUUGGAACUCUUUCUGGGAUUUCUCUUGGAACUUAUUUCGGGAAGUUCUUCUAGAAUUCAGUCCGAAACUGCUUCCGUAAUUUCUUCAGGAACUGUUUUCAAAAGUCAUCAAGGUGCUCUUUUCUGGUUUCCUCCAAGAGUUCCGUUUAGAAUUCCUGAAGAUCCUUCUGGAAUUCCUUUGGAGGCUAUUAUGAGAAUCUCGAAUGGAAUUCCUAGAGGAUUUCCGUAGCUCCAUGAGGAAUCCCAGAAGAAAUCCUUUGGAGUCCCAGAAGGAAUGUCAGAAGGAAUCCUGAAAGGAGUUACUGAGAUGGAACCUGUAUAGUAACUCAGAAGAAACUCCUGCCAGGACCUCAGAGGGAACUUCAGAAGGAACCCCUAAAAGCAUCGUUGUAUUUCUUAUUGUUCUAGACUAUUCCGUAGAAUAUCAUUUCUAGAUAUCCGUGAUUAUCCGUUAUAAACGCGUACAAGAAUACUGUUUGUGUGAACUGUGUCAACUUCGGAUGCCCCACAGAAAAUCGCACUGGAAGAAAACACCAAUUUCCGAAAAUGUUGCGAUCCUUACAUGUAAAAAAUAAAGAGAAAAAAUAGUACAAAAAAUUUUAUUCCCAAAGCUAUGCCUCCCCAAGGUGGCAAUAAAUCGCGCACGCCCCUCUGAGGAAAGCAUACCUUUGGGAACCCUCCAAAAGCAAACACACACACACGUGAACACAUCGAGUGCGUUUUUAAACUAGAUGAGAAACGAAAUCUAUUAUAACGUCUUCAGUAGCUGUGUUUUUAGCGAAAUCGUCUAUUAUUGGAAAUUAAAGAAAGUGAUUCACGCGUUUGAUGGAAAGCGAAACGUAAAUUCAUGAAUGUUUUUAGGUAUUUACCAUAUAUUUACUCGAUGGGAAACUCGAAACGUAAUAAAAGUAAAACAAUGAGCAGAAAAAGAAGGUAUUACUGGCAAGUUACGGCAACUUUGCCAGUCAACUGUUUCGGAUGAAAUCUCUCGAAGACUAUUUUUGUAUUUAUAAAUUAUGUUAUUCUAUUAAGGCAAAUAUUGUGAAUCUGAGAUGAGAAAUAAAACAAAAAAUGUCUAGUCUGAGUU